CGCGAUCAGGGCGGGGAUUUCCGCCCGCGUCAAUUCGCAGAAGGCCGUCCCCGUAAACCCGCUGGCUCCGUGCGACCCCAAAAGUAGAAGAGAGAAAAACCCCCACGCCGAUUGCUUGGUUGUUUUUUUGCUCGUUUCUCCAUCGGUCCCGCACGAACACCAACGCCAACGCGACAACGCAAAAACCCGGACCCGGCUAUGCGCGCGCGCCCUCCGUCCGCCGCUCGUGGCGCGGUGAAUUGACGGCGCCCUGGGAACUUCACGAGCCUCUGCCGGGGCUCGAGGGUUCUUGAGAAGGCCCCCCUCGCUGGGUGGCCGUAAUGAGGGGAGCGGGCGACCUCCUCCUCGUGGCUCUGGUAUCACAGCUGACCCUGCGUGCCCUGUCCACGUCGGCAAAGGGCCACGAGGGUGUGCACGCAACACACGUGUCGUGUUCGUCUGAAAAUGUCAACUUGACCUGGGAUGCCCGGUGCACGUGGACACCGGGACGUGACGCCAAAGCAUCGAACGUCACGUACAGAGUCUCCUUUUUAGACCAUCGAAGGAAAGCGAUCCUCUCGUGCAAGUGCGAAGAUGAUGCGUCUGUGGCCGGCGGCAAUAAGGGCUGCUGGGACCACUGCCAAAUCAGCAAAUAUAAUGGAAGUUCCAGCUCAAUAGAAUUCGUGAGCGUGGCGCCUUGGAGCAAUGGAGCGAGCGAGAAGCAGCUGGACGGUGACAGUGACCACCCCUUCAACCUAUGCAGAUACAUCAUUCCGAGCUCCCCAACUGGUUUACGAGUGGAAAAAACCGACAACAUGAUGUACAGAGUGUCAUGGAAUGAAAAACAGGGGUUACAUGUCCCUCAUAAUUAUGAGGUCAGCUACCAAGAGGCCCCAAACGGGAAGUGGAAGACGAUGCGCGAGACCGACAUGGGCUACCUGAUGUUUAAAAAGAAGCAUCUCGGGAGCGGUGGCGACUUCAACUUGCGAGUCCGAGCAGGAAUAAGGAACACAACGUUGUACACUGGGCAUUGGGGCCCGUGGAGCGCUGUGGUCCAGUUUCAAGUCCCGGUUACUGAUGAAGGCUCGCCGUUUGCUUUGGUGAUUACCAUCUUCGCCUGCCUCAUCGUCCUCGGAGUAUUGUCGGUGAUGUGUCUCGUUUCUCGCAAGAGGCUGAAGAAGGAGUUUUGGCCGAAUAUCCCCAACUUCGAACCGUUCAUCACGAACAUCUUGGAAGGCGACGAUCUCCGUUUUCAGCUCUUCCAGCAUAAGAAGCCUCAAGGCUGGAUCGUUGAAGACCAGGCCCCAAGUAAAGUGGAAGUGGUCUCGGAGGUGGAAGUGAACGGUGCGGAGAAGCUGUCCGGUCUCCCGGUGCCUCUGCCUCACCACCUCAGUCAUCUCCAACAUAUACAAGUCCGAUACAGCAGCAUCGCGCGCCCUAAAAAGACAAUGCCGCUCUUCACCAUCGUGCCGCGCCUAUUGGAAAAGGACAUCGCCGGUCCGCCGGGGGGGUGGCUUCACUGCGCUGCCGAAGCGACUCUGCUGGACGGCACCGGGCAGCGUCGUCCGCUCGCCGCCACGGCCCCCGACGGGGAACGGAAGCGCGCCUCCCUUCUGCGGCACGUGCCAGAGCACCGACCGUUUCCAGCGGCCUCGCGCGAGUCAAACUAUGCCGGCGGCGGCGACACCGACGACGACACCGACGACGACGACGACGCGACGCCGUACUUUGGCCGCGCCGACGACAAGCUCCCGUUCCUCGACGGCACGCGAGCGGCGCCGUCUCGGGCCGCCGCCCUGGCCGCGCACGGGAUCGCCCCGCCGCAGGGGUUUCUGCUGCGCAGCGUUGGCCGGGCGCAAGCCUACGACAGGCUCCUGGACGGAGGGGGCUCGCGAGGAGGAGGAGGAGGCUACUCCGUGAGCGGCGCGAGUGGCGCCGACGACUACGUCUCCCCCUCGGCGCUUUGGAGGGAAGACGUUCGACCGAUUCUCGGCUUCGGCGACGCGGGCGCUGCCGGCCUCGUCGUCUCGGUAAGCGCGGCUGCGUCGUCUGAAAUGGCAACCGCUGUGGAGGGUAAUGGCGCAAACGGCGGGUUAAAAUACGUGACCUUGAUUCACAACUUGAUGCCCUUGAGUAGCGACGGACGGCUUGAUCGCCGCUCUGGCUGCGUGGAAUUUGAAGAGCGGCUUUCAUCGUCCGAUUACUGCAGGGAAGCUUUCCUGUCUGGCCCAGAAUGCAAAAUGACAAACUGUGGCAGCGAGCUUUGCCAAAGCGUCAAGGAUGACAUUGCGGCUGAAAUAAGAACCGCAACGUCAAAUUACCACGAGCGGCAAAGGUUGCCACCGCUUGAAGAGGUGGCCAGCAGCGGACAGGUUGAAUCGUGCGCCUUCAGUUACGGCGUCGAAAUGCACAACGGGUACGUUUCGGAGGCGGCAGCGUUUGACUGCGCUUCGGGAAUCGUGCGAGCGGGCGACGCCCCGCAGUACAUCCGCAUGGAGACGGCGCCACGGCUCGAAACGGGGCAGCUCGCGCCCGGACGCGCGGACGGCGGCGUCGAGGAGCUCGCCGGAGGUCGCCCGGCGCUCGCCUCCGACGACCCCAAGGGCCUCGCCGCGUCGGAGGAGUUCGGCGCCGGCUCCGCGCUGCUCCCUCUGGGCGGCUACGCGUGCGGCUCAUUUGCCGCCUCGUUGACUCGGCUCGGCUGCCCCGCGCCGAGUGCGGCGCCCGCGGCGGCUGCGGCGGCACCGCCGCCGCAGCCGCCCGCAGCGACCGCCGCCCAGUUGUACGCCGACGCGGUGGCGAUGCAGAGCUACGCGAGUGUGCUGGUGGCGGAAUAUCCCGGCGCGCACCGCCUUCCGUUUAGGUGUACGGAACAGGCGAUGGGCGACUGGGUACCAGGGAAUCCCCAGCAGGCUCUGUGCGGCGCCGUCGCAUGUUCGGGCGCGCUCCCUCUGGCUCGCGCAGGAGCUGUUGCCACGUGUGGCUACGUCACGCUGCCGUGA